CUCACUUUUUUUUAGAAUCCUCAAACUUAUAACGAAAAAUGAAAGAAGAAGACAACAAUAUAAUUAAAUAAGAAGAACAUUAAUUGUAUAUUUAACAUUACAUGAUACCAUUAAACUAUCUCUCUAUUCCUAACUAAAUAGAGCCCUACCAUACCACCCUCUAACUCUUAACGGAAGAGAAUCACCAUCUGCGCAAAUUACUCAACCUUAAUCAAUAACACUAAAUAAUCUGUUUGACUAAAGAAUAACUCCAGGAGGAAGUCUAUAAAAUGAUCGAUUUCCUCAUGAAACAUCUCAACUAUCUAUCCAAAGAAUAGAUCUUUGCUUAUUAAAAAACCUUUCGUUGUUAUGCUUAAAAAAAGGCACUUAAAUCUAUUUUCUUCUAGAUUUUCACUAGAUACUUACAAGCUGUGAAGACCAGGGAAGAAAUGAUAAAAUUUAUUAUUCGUAAAAGUAUGAAACACCAAAGAUAAAGUCAGAGCAAGGAAUAAAUAAAAGAGAAAAAAGAAAUCAGGAAGAUGAAUAUUGCAUUCGUCAAGCAAUUAUUCUAAAAUACUUCCUAUUAAUAAAAUUACUCUAAUUUUUUAAAUCAAUAUCUAUAAUUGGCUUUGAAUGAAAAUUAAUAGAAAAUUAAAAAAUAUGUACUAUUUAUAGUUGAUUUGAUAUAAUCUGAGUAAAUAAAUCAAGUCUUGAACUACAAGAGAUUCCCUUGGCUCAAUGAUUGGAUUAAUUAAUCAGUUCAAAUAGCUUAAGAAUUACAAAAUCUUUAGAACUAAGAACCUAAAAAAGCAAAAUCUGAUUACUACCUUACCAAAUGAUAAAAUUAUAAUUUUGUAUUAGUAUAAAAUAUAGAUUAAAAUAA